AUGAUUGGGAUUUCAACUAACGGUAUCCAUGCAGCGGACAAACUAUAUAAGAUGUCCGAUGUUAUGCCACCAAUUCAUGUAGCAACUACUUAUAAAUAUGACGACGAUCCGGAUAAGUUAGUUAAAGAAGAAGACUUGCCUGAAAAUUCGAUAAUUGGAAAUGUAGUUUAUUCUAGAGAAACCCAUCCAAAUUCCGAAAGGGUUGAAAAGCUUUUGGAUAGUAUUUUAUACGGGCAUACUGUGGCGUAUACUUCCGGUUUAGCUGCUUAUUUUGCUCCCAUGACGUUCUUUAAUCCUAAAGUAAUGAGUCUUGGCAGGGGUUAUCAUGGCUGUCAUGGUAUAGUAAAUAUAUUUACUCGUCUCAAAGGUUUAAAAAAGAUAUCUUUAGAAGAUGAUUUGGAUCAAUUAAAUUCUGGAGAUCUAAUUUGUUUAGAAACCCCUGUUAAUCCAGAUGUAUUUGAUAUAGAGUACUAUGCUAAAAAGGCACAGGAACGAGGUGCCUACUUAUUAGUUGAUUCAACAUUUGCCCCUCCUCUAUUGCAGGAUCCAUUCAAGUGGGGUGCUGAUAUGGUAUUUCAUUCAGCUACAAAAUACUUCGGAGGACAUAGUGAUUUAUUAUUAGCAGGUAUUUUGGUAACAGGACAUAAAUGUGAAGAAGCAAUUAGUCCAGGAUCGAGUUGAUUUAGGGUCGAAUGUAUCUAACUUGGAGAGCUUUUUGUUGAUUAGAAGUUUAAGAACUUAUGAACUUAGAAUAUUAAAACAAGCGGUAAAUACGGAGAAGAUAAUUAAGCAUUUAGUAGACAACAAAUUAAAUUAUCCAAAGUUGAAAACAAUACACCAUUCGUCACUUCAGACAGAACCGUUUGUCAAAAAGCAACUAGCGAAUGGAUAUUCGCCAGUAUUUUGUAUUGAACUUAAAACUGAGUCUGAUGCAAAACAACUUCCUUCAAAAUUGCGUUAUCUUCAUCAUGCUACUUCCUUGGGUGGAGUAGAAAGCUUGAUUGAAUGGAGAGGCCUUACUGAUUCAACUGUCAGCCCUACCUUAUUGAGGAUCAGUGUUGGUUUGGAAAAGAUCGAUGAAUUAAUAGCAGAUCUUGAUCAAGGGCUUAAAUCAGCUUAG